AUGUUCUCAAAACUCGGUUCGGUGCUGGCCAUGACUGGCGUAAAUGGAAACGCUAUUCUAUCCGGCAAAUCAGAGUCUCCAGAGCCGAGGGCCCUCCCCGCAUCAUGGUACCGCCAGGACGAAAUGUAUCAGCUUGAGCGACGCGCCAUCUUCUCCAAGCGAUGGCUUCUCGCCACACACAAAUUACGCUUCACCAAGCCGGGAGACUUUCUCCGCUUCGAGGAGGCAGGCUAUGCUUUUGUGCUGUGCCUGGACAAAGACGGAGAGACCAUCAACGGCUUUCAUAACAUCUGCAGGCACAGAGCGUUUCCAAUCGUCACAGAAGAGGCGGGAAACGCCAAGAUCUUCUCCUGCAAAUAUCACGGUUGGUCGUACGGCAUCAACGGAAAGCUUGCCAAGGCACCGCGCUUCGACACCGUCCCGGCGUUCAACAAAGACAACCACAGCCUCUUUCCUGUCCAUGUGCAUAUCGAUGCCAUUGGCUUCAUCUGGGUCAACUUGGAUGCGUCCCCGGAGCCAGAAGUGAAAUGGACGGACGACUUUGAGGGGGUUGACUCACAGGAGCGGUUCAAACAUUUUGACUUCUUUCAAUAUCAGUUCGAUCACGUCUGGGGCAUGCCAGGCAAUUACAACUGGAAAACCCUUGCAGAUAACUACAACGAAUGUUAUCAUUGCCAAGUUGCGCAUCCAGAUGUUAAAGCCAUAGCAGAUUUGUCCUUUUACUACACCGUGUCCAAGCCGGGUUACAUCCAGCACUUUUCGCGGCCAAAAAAGGGAACUGAAAAAGACGAUAUCAAGAUCAGUAGCACCUACUAUUUCCCCAACGCCUGCAUGACUGUUUCGCCGCAUUUCUUCUACAUGAUGCGAUGCGUACCAACAUCAGUUGGCACAUGUUCAAUGGAGUAUGAAGUUUAUCGCCAUAAAGACGCCACCGACGAAGAAUUCGAAAGAACUAACUCCUUCUUCAAGCGGGUUCUCGGAGAAGACAAGUACUUGUGCGAUGCGGUGCAGAAGAACCUGGAAGCAGGUGUCUUUACCAACGGAGAGCUGCAUCCUGACUUGGAGAGCGCGCCGAUCUUCUUCCAGAAUAUGGUGAGACAGAUUGUGACUGAGCACCAUAGAAAAGAGCAGGAUUCGAAGGGGGAGAUAUGGCCUGCUCGGCGACAUGUAUCGACUUCUGAGGUCACAAAGGGGGAUGAUGAAUUUUGCGAUGGACUAGCUUGCAAGACUGAUAGUGCUGAUAUGGAGUGGUGA